AGGUGAACACCUGACACACUGCCAACUUGGCGCACAGCCCGUCUACCUGCCUCUGCCGUAAACAGCGCUAGGACCUGAAUCUUUUUGCUUCAAUACACUUCAAUUGCACUUUUAAGUGGCACCAGUUUACUCUCAUAUUUCCAGUCAUGAGAUUACGAAAAGGAAUUAUUUCAUAACAUUAAGAAGCUUGUAGUUCAACGUUGAUAUUGUGAGGAACUGGUGAAUCGAGGGAUGAAGUUACCUGUCUGGGACCAGGGCCAGUGGGAGGCAGCCUGGUUGGUGUUAUGGGGAUUUGCAGUGUGUGUGAGGGGUGGGUUUGUGGAGCCUCCUCCAUCCUUUGCAUUGCGGUCCUUGACGGAGGGUGAGACGCGGCUGCCCUGUCAGUACCAGGUUCAGGAGGACGAGCAGAUAGUUCAGGUCAGCUGGAUCAAGGAGCUACCUGAUGGCACCAAGGAACAUAUCAUCACCGCCCACCGCACAGAGGGACACACAGAGUUUGGGCGGUACUCUGGGAGAGUGAGGUUUGAGAGCCGUCGCUCCAUGGUGAACUCUGCUCUGCUCAUCCUGACCACGGAGGAGUCUGAUGAGGGGAAAUACACCUGUCACAUCAGCACAUUCCCCUAUGGGAACUUUGAGAGGAAGCUGUCACUCACUGUGUGGACCUUCCCAAUCUCCUCUCUGGACCCGGUGGUUCUGGAGGAGGGCCAGUCCUUCCACGUGGCUGCCUCCUGCCGCUCCGUGGCCCGCCCUGCACCCCGCCUGACCUGGGACACGGACCUUCCUGGCCAGGCCCAGAACCGCAGCUCCGAGGGCGGGGUCAUGUCCACUCACUUCUCCCUGCACCCCCUGAGGAGCAUGAAUGGCAUGCGGUUGGACUGCCUGGUCUGGCACCCUGCUCUGGAACAACCCCGCAGGAUCAGCAACCGCCUGGUGGUGCAAUUUCCCCCAGAUGCAUCUGUCACCGGCUUUGAUGGCAACUGGUACAUGGGACUGAAGGGAGCUGAACUCCGUUGUGAGUCUGGAGGAAACCCCAAACCAAAAAACUUCACCUGGACCAGGGAUGGUAAGGCUCUGCCAGAUGGCCUGACUGUGGAUGGAGCAAGGCUUCUGUUUGGCCGAGCCCUGAGACAGAAUGACACUGGAGUUUAUGAAUGUGUGGUGAACAACGGCGUUGGGACAAGGAAAGUAGAAUGUAACAUCACAGUUACAGAGACAUCUCGGAGUGUGCAGGAAGUGAUCUUUGACACUCUAGUGAUGAUCAUUAUAGGUGUGGCUGCUGGGGUGUUGGUCAUCGUCAUGAUCAUCGUCAUCAUUUUAGUCAACCAGUACCACAGACGCAAAAACAGCAAAUUAGAGAUGGCGCUUAGCAAAAGGAUGUUAGAAAUCAACACUCUCUCCAGACAGGCCUCCUCCAGGAGACUCAACUCUGUCAGCACAGACCCCAGAGGACAGAAUGAAGACUGUACACUACUCAGACUAGACAGUGGAAUGAAAAAAAGCCUAAUGUCCCUUGAGGACCAUCCCAUCUACAAAGGCAGUCAAUCCACCCUCGGUGGGAAGUGGGGGACGGUUCGAGAGGGUGAUUUGGACUACCUAGGCCGCCCCAUCCUGCACCAAUCUAGCUGGCGCGAGUGCAGAGAGAGUAUGAGGGGGGCUGAGAUGGAGGGAGAAAGGGAAGAGCGCAGACGAAGGGUGGAAUCGUACCUAAAGAGCAGCAAUAUGUCCCUGGCCUAUCUGUUUCUCUCAAUGCCACACAAUAUGUGGCUCUCUAUUUCUCAGGACUCUGGCCUUCCUUCCUCCCUUGUCCCCAUGAAGCCCCAGGAUCAUGAUGGCAGUGUGGGGCCCACAGACAUCCCCUCAAUGCUCAGCAACCUGGGUGGCCAGAGGGAAGUCAUGACGGAAGGGGAAGACUGGAGCGACAGACAGGAUGUGCUGGAGGUUGACGAGGCUGACUUUGACACCAGUUCAUACCAGAUCUCAGAGGCACUCUCCAACCACUUCCACUACAGCAACGGGUUCCUGCGGCCCAAACCACACUCCAACGCCAUCCUCCUACAACCCAGAGGACAGAAGAUCUAGACGGGUGAAAGGAGUUUGUUGAAAAAGGAACUGCCCUCUGCCCCACCCUAACUCAAUGGUCACGGAGGCCUGUUAAAUUGCAGCAUCACUUUGUCAACUGUAAACCUAGUAUUGUCUAAGCACUUAUCAGUUGUGCUUGUGCUGUCAUUUUAGCUAACCUUAUAGUUCUGAUAUACUAAAUAUACCAUACCCUUGUGCAUUAAUGUUAUUUUCAUGUUUCUUUCUAUUUUUAAAAAAUCAAAAGGGCUGUUUGAGAGAAUUCUCAUGUUUAUUCGUAAAAGCAUGUCCACUGUUGUUUUUUUCUCCAGAAUUGUUAGUCUCUGGCAUAGUUUUAAAAAGACGAUGGCGAUCCGGCUCUUGAUAGCAUUGUUCCUUUUAAAAGGUUACAAGCAGGAGGCUGUGAUCCCUCCCUACAGUAUAUUAGCACCACUAGUGUAACAGUUGUGGUAGGGUCGCACUGCUCUCACUUUACAGAAUAGAAAGACAAAAGUAACACUGCUGCUUUCUGCAAGUGUCUUGACUGUCUUGUCAUAAACUCUGUUCUCAGUCAUUAGAAAACAUUUGUCAAUAGCUAGGUUUCCAUCCAAUUGGCGACAGAGUUUCAUGUGAAUAUUCUAGAAUCCCCAUAAAAUAUUUGUAUUUCCAACCAGUGUUUACCCCAAACUGACUUGUUUUCAUGUACUGAAUAAAGUUCAAUGCUUUUCCAUCACA